CUGGGUAGUUUUGAAACACACAAUGGACUUUGCUCUUUGCCUUCUGCGUUGGAAGCAAAUUGAAGUCACACGAGUAUUACAUGCAGUUCAUUUCCAAAGUAUUACCCAUUUGAGUCAGUCAUUGCUUCUCACAAGCAUAAGAUUGAGUUGAGUUAGACUGAGAGUUCGUGAAGAUGAAUCGCUGUUCCGUUGUGCGUCUAGUUGCACUGCUGGCAGCUACCGUCUUGGUUGCUGACGCCGAUAACUACUGCUGCACGGCACCGCAAUUCGUAAUCCGCGCAGAUCAGCUCCAAGGUCUUCAAUUGCCUUCUGGCCAGGGAAUAGCCCAGCUGAACGUUCUCGACAUGGCUCUUGACUUCACAAAUGAAAGGGCAGGAGAGGAAAUUGAUUCUUACAGUAUGGGAAGACUCACGAAGAUCAAAGUCAUCAUUGAUAAAAAGAAGAAUGUCAUGUACACCAUCAUUGGGCAAAAUUGCACCAAGACUGAAGCCCGUGGGGAGUUCCUGCAGUGCAUUCCAAAGACCGCUCACUUCGAUGGUAGUUCAUACCUUGGGGACAACGAACUGACCCUAGACGCCUUCUCUUUCCCCCUCGAUGAGCCCAAGGUCGUCCGUGGAAAUGUUACCGUAUCCGUAACCCACGGAAACUGCAUCUACGCCGGUACUUGGCUGGUGGGCGAGGCUACGCAAACUGAACCACCAAUCCCACUUGUCAGUUCCACGUCUUUCGUCAACUUCAAGAGAGGCAUCGCUGAUCCUUCGAGGUGGUUUGACGUACCGUCCUUCUGUCAACAGGAAAAGUCUACCAGAGCUAGACGCUCCGUGCGCCCCGUCUCUGAUGAUCACAAGGACGUCAUGAAGCUGGUGUCAAUCUUCAACACCAUGAUGCUGCCGGAUGUAGGGCAUGCCAAGGUGCUGAAGCCCCAAAAGCCUUCAAGCAAGCAAUGAAGAACCGGCGAGAAAAGAACGAAAGCCUUAAUCGCAAUUAUAGCAGAAUAAUCCAUAGAAAAUCCUUGGAAAUUCUUCCUAUGAGAGGAAAUAGACCGUAUUGAUUGCAAAAAUCAUAAGAUUAACAUUAACUUCUUGCUGUAGGGUCAACACAGUGGCACCUGUACUCAGAUCUUAAAAAAAAGCCUUGCAGCCUAACAAAUGCCGUGAUCGUAUGCAUCCUCUAGUGGAGGAAAGAUGUUUGCAUUCAAGCGCGCACCCGGGAUUGUAAAGAGAUUUGUUUUUAACCAUUCAGGCCUUCGUUUCCAACAGAAUGCCUUGAAAACAACAUUAAACAACUGAAUUCUAAAGUUCCAACUGGUAUGUACAUGUAGAUGUUUUCACCCUAGUGAGGACACUGAUACACAAAAAGAGAGUGCAUACGAAACCUUCGUGUAAAUUGACUAAAUGCAAUUAGAGAACAACGCUGAAGCCUGGAGAAUAAGAAAAUUAGGACCCUCAAGCACGUCCGUCAGAUGCUGAUAGCAAGUCAGUUGUUUUAUUGAAGCUUGCGCUAGAAAAAAUUCUAAAAGUGGCGAGAAAUACAGCUCCACCAAAUCUCAUUUUCAAUAUAGUGUUUGUAAGAAUGCAACUUCAAAACGUCACUCAAAAUGAGUUUCUCAUUCCAUCUCGGCUGCUGAUCUUCACAGUUUAUUUACAUCUGGCAAAGGAAAUCCAAUAUCUAAAGCUUGUUUCAGAGCCACAAAGGAAAACACGUACUCGAUUUUCAGUUACCUCUGACUUGAUGUAAAUUCAGACCUCACUUUAAGUUUUGUUUUCACAAGGGUACAGGCUAUAGGCUUACAAGUGCCACUUAAUUGUCAGACUUUAAAAAAGGAUUUAAAUUGUUUCAAAUUUGCGGUUCCUUUAAUGCUGUAGGUAAGUGGUAACGUGAUUAGAUAACUCAGGUCAGAAUAGAGGUAAUCAGUACAGGUCACUUAAAACGAUACUCCGGUAGUCCCUGCAAUUUAUUCGAUUCUUUGGUUACUUUCGCCGCGCCAUAAGGGCUUCUCAGGUAGUAAGUACAAAGGUUUGGGUAUAGCUACUCAGGUAGUUCUGGUCGCCUCAUUGACAUGUUAAGUCGUAAGCACUAUCGAGCGGACAUCUUAAUUUACGGGAAUAAACAAAACCUUCUGAGUAUGGAUUCCUUAAUUUCCAAACUAUACAGGAAAAAACAAGGUACAUCAACAAUCAGUGUAUGUAACCAGCCUUACUUAUAACUUGUAAAACUCAAAGUUUUAUUUAUAAUAUAAAUAUAUAGAAUUCUGUAACUCUGACAUGUUCAAAUUUCACACAAAUGGAACAUUUUACACUGUUAUUCAGUUGAAAUAAAGCAGAA